AUGGGUUCUGCUGAGUUGAAAAAGAGAAAUCGCAGUCAUGCGAAAGGUGCAAAGAGUGCGAAGAGUGCGAAAGGUGUGAAGGGUGCGAAGAAUGAGGUGUCUGUGGUAGAGAAGGAGGAGGAGGUUAGUCGUGAGAGUGAGGUUGAGGAGGAGGACGAAGAAGAAGAGAAAGAAGAGGAAGAGGUCGAGGAGGAGGAGGACGGAGAGGAAGAGAAGGACGAAGAGGAGAAGAAGGAAGACGAACAUAAACAUUUGUCUUUACCUACCGUUAACGAUGUAUCGGUCGAGAAAUUUUCAGAACUCAACCUUUCCGACAAAACCAUGAAAGCCCUGACCGAAGACAUGAAAUUCGAUACCAUGACCGAAAUUCAACGAAGAGGUAUUCCACCAUUAUUGGCAGGAAGAGAUGUUCUUGGUGCUGCAAAAACUGGUUCUGGAAAAACAUUAUCAUUCUUGAUUCCUGCAGUUGAGAUGUUACAUUCUUUACGAUUUAAACCAAGAAAUGGUACUGGUGUUAUUGUCGUUUCUCCUACAAGAGAAUUAGCAUUACAAAUUUUCGGAGUCGCUAGAGAACUCAUGGCUCAUCAUUCGCAAACUUAUGGUAUCGUUAUGGGUGGCGCAAAUCGGAGAGCAGAGGCGGAAAAGUUGGUUAAAGGAGUCAAUUUAUUGAUCGCUACACCAGGACGACUGCUCGAUCAUUUACAAAAUACACAAGGAUUUAUCUUCAAGAACUUAAAGGCAUUGGUUAUUGAUGAGGCAGAUCGAAUUUUGGAAGCUGGUUUCGAAGAUGAGAUGAAGCAAAUUGUCAAGGUUUUACCAAAGGAUGAUCGUCAAACUAUGCUCUUUUCCGCAACACAAACUACUAAAGUCGAAGAUCUCGCAAGAAUUUCCCUUCGACCAGGACCUCUUUACAUUAAUGUUGAUAAUAAGAAGGAACAUAGUACAGUUGAAGGUCUUGAACAAGGUUACGUCGUCUGCGAUUCCGAUAAAAGAUUCUUAUUACUUUUCUCUUUCCUCAAGCGCAACCUUAAGAAGAAAAUCAUCGUCUUCUUCUCAAGUUGUGCUUGUGUGAAAUAUCAUGCCGAACUUCUCAAUUAUAUCGAUUUACCAGUUCUUGACUUGCAUGGCAAACAAAAGCAACAAAAACGUACAAAUACCUUUUUUGAAUUUUGUAAUGCUAAACAAGGUACACUUAUUUGUACAGAUGUUGCAGCUAGAGGUCUUGAUAUCCCUGAUGUAGAUUGGGUAAUUCAAUUCGAUCCUCCUGAUGACCCAACAGAUUAUAUUCAUCGCGUUGGUAGAACUGCUCGUGGUAAUGAUGGAAAGGGCCGCUCUCUUCUUUUCCUUCAACCAUCCGAAGUUGGUUUCCUUACCCAUCUCAAGACUGCUCGUAUUCCAGUCGUAGAAUUCGAAUUCCCUGCAGCAAAAAUCGUCAACAUUCAAAGCCAACUUUCGAAAUUAAUCGCACAAAACUACUACUUGAAUAAGAGCGCAAAGGAAGGAUACAAGAGUUACUUGCAAGCAUACGCGAGUCAUUCCCUAAGAAGUGUUUUCGAUGUAGGAAAGUUGGACUUAGUCAAGGUAGCUAAGAGUUUUGGAUUUGAUGCUCCUCCAAGGGUAGAUAUAAACAUCUCAGCCGGAAUGAAGGAUACCGCACCAAAGAAGAGACCAUAUGGAAGUCAACCUAGACAAGGAGGUACCUAUAAGAAAAGAAAGUUGUAG